GGGGGCGGGGCCGGGCGGCCGGGGUCUCCGGUCGCCGCAGGGAGAGCUCAGGCUCCGAGCGCAGCGCACGGAGGGGAGGGGGCCGGGGCGCAGAUGCUGGAAGUUCACAUCCCGUCUGUGGGGCCCGAGGCUGAGGGGCCCAGGCAGAGCCCAGAGAAAAGCCACAUGGCGUUCCGAGUGGAGGUGCUGUGCCGGGGGCGCAGGCACACCGUGCUGAGGCGCUACAGCGAGUUCCACGCGCUGCACAAGCGGAUCAAGAAACUGUACAAAGUGCCGGACUUCCCCUCAAAACGCCUGCCCAACUGGAGGACCAGAGGAUUGGAGCAGCGGCGGCAGGCCUUGGAGGCCUAUAUCCAGGGUGUUCUGUACCUGAACCAGGAUGUGCCCAAGGAGCUACUGGAAUUCCUGAGUCUUCGGCACUUCCCCACAGACCCCAAGGCCAGCAGCUGGAGCUCACAGCUGCACCACCGGCCUGUCAUCAGCUUCUGCGUGGAUCCCUACAUUUCCAUCCCAUCCCCAGCCCCAUCCUUUCUUUCCAUUCCUGCUACCCCACUGCAACAAGGGCUGAUGCUUAGUGUGGUAACGGCGGGUGCCAGAGAACUGCUGCAAGCAUUUUACACACAGAAGAACCCACCCUGGGAGGCAGGAGCUAAUGACCUUAUUUCAAAGACGAAGAAACUGAGGUACAGAGAGCUUCACGGUCCCCCAGCUAGGAAGGAGCAGAGCUGGAAUUCAAACCAAGGUGGUCUGCCUCUCAAGUCUCUGCCUUUACCCACUAGGCUAUCGUCUCCUGGGGCUCAGGCCCACGUGGUCCUAACAGGGACAGCCACACUGGUACCUCACCCAUCCACUUGCUCCUGCCUCCACAUCCUGAAUCCUGUUGCCACAUUAUUUUCCCUCAAACUCCUGUGUGAUUGGGUCUUCCUCCACUCAAGUCUUCAGUGGAUCCUCACUCCAUGUAGGACAAAGCCCUGGUCCCCAGGUCAGGCUGCAGCCCACCACUCCUGGCUCCUGGGGUGUGCUCCACUUCCAUUCCUUCAGCCCCACCUUUGGCCAAGCUCCUGCCACAGAACAGAGCUGGGCUCACACCUUAACCUUGCCUCCUCUUUGCCCAAAUUCUUCCAGCCAGGACCUGACGCACAUCUUCCGUCAUGUUCACAAGGCCGUUUCCUGACCACCGUGGCCUGAAACAGAUCCUCUGCUUGUCGGCACUUCGACAACGGCUGACUUCCCUCACCAUAUGUGGGCU